UUGUUUUUGUUGUUCAGUGGACAAUUCUGUUCAGUUGGUUGUUGUCAACUCUCAAGUAACCUUCACAUCAACAAGGAGGCCCUUUUCUUGAAUACUGGAAAGGAAAAGAUCAUGCUCAGCCUCAACUCUGGUGUCAGAUGUUAAACAAAGAACACUAUGUCUUCACUGUAGAAUUGCUUAGUAGAGUUGACAAGUGAUUAUCUUAUAGGAG